ACUGUUGCCAAGAUGGUCCAGUGGUGGCGCACGUGUCUCUCACAGCUGCCUGCGCGCUGCCUCCCAUUGUUUUACGCCGACGUCAACGAUGGCCUGGGCUGCCGCAAGAUCGACGGCGACUGGACAUACUAUGCGACUAGUGCCAUUGGCAGGAUACUCGCGCGCGGGCGACGCCGACAGGGUGCUGGAGAGGCAGUGGGCGGCCUUUUCGCUCAGCAGCACCUCCUGGCAGCCAACGCGCCGGGCAGGUACGGGGCGACUUUUUCUGGCAGCGGGCCUGAGGGCCCAAGUCGUCUCAUCGACUUUGUCGUUCUUCCGCAGGGCUGGGCGUCCCACAUAGUCAAGUGCCACACGUUGCACAGGGUGGGCGCCCAGCUCCAGGACCAACCUGAUACACCCAAGUGGGACAUGACGGCCCUCAGGGCGGCGGCCAAGCGUGGCCACCAGCGCAUGGGCUUCGCGAGCGGCGUCGCCCAGUGGAUGGGCGACCACACCGCGGAGCUCGCAGCAGCCCGCGACCAGGGCGCCCCCGACCACGCCUUCGAGCUGCUCGAGCGCUGCACGGCCGAGGUUGGCGCCGAGUAUUUCACGAAGUCGACGGGCGUUCCCGACGAGCACGCGCACUGGGCGAAGUUGAGGCGCGACUUGCUCCAGAAGCGGAUUGACAUGCGCGCCCCGCGCGCGACGGUGGACGACGCGGGGCUGGAGCAGGAGUGGCUCGCCGUCUGGUUUAUUCCUGCUGGCGAUGGCGGGAUGCUGGUCCACCCGAUCGACCUAG